CUCUUUUUUAUUUUAUUGACUGCUAUGGAAGGCUUAAGUGAAAUUUGGUGUUAUUGCGAUAAUUAACACCAGCUAUUGUGAAUUACUUAGUUAAUUUCUGAUCUCCUGUCUAAUUACAUUUGUCACUGCUUCUUUUUAAUAGCGGAUUUUUAUUUCAUUGACAAUGAGCCCAUGGUUGCUUUAGAUUGCUAGUCCACCUAGAUCUUGCACAAGUUAUUUGUUAUCUUCUUUCAUCUAGUGAGUUUUUGUUUCUGUUGAUGUUCUGAUUUUUAUAUUCACCCCAUGCAAUCUAAGUUGCAAGAACAUCGUUGCUGUUGAUGUUCUUGUUUCUCUCGAUUAGUUGUUGCUGUGAAUCUUUUGCCCUUUUAAUGUUUUUUCCCUACUGAGGAAAUGCAUCCUGCAAAACUGUCCUUUUAAGAACUGUCUGCAUGAAUUCCCUUUCUGGAUUUCCUUUAAGAACUUAAUUUAUUUAUUUUUUCUGGUGGAUCCUAGUCGUUGGAAAUUUUAUUCUAUAGUUAAAGAAAACCCGCUCUGAAUCAUUUAUUUUUCGAUAAAUGUCUGGUUUCCAUCAACCUAUGUGUUCUCCCCGUUUUACUUUGGUUGUUAUAUCUCGAUAUAAGGUGUUAAUUAAAUUUCUACUUCUCAGUGCCAUGUUUCUGAAGACGUCUCUUAUUUGAGUUACCCUUUUUUUUUAAAUCUACAAUUGUCUUCAUGUUUUAACUGCUUUAAGUUCAUCGAAUAUUGAUAAAAAAAUGUAUGUUAUAAAUAAAUGCAAGGUUUAGAUUUAAAAUUAUUAGAAUAUGUAGUAGGUUCUGCAAAUUAUGCAUAAAACUUAUAACCAACAUUGAUAACAAGAUGGGAAAUGUUCGAGUUACUGUCUCUCUCCAAAUAUUUCACUGUAAAAAAUUGUUUUAUUGCAGUUUGAAAGGUGCCAAAUUCGGCCUUUGCAUUGUGGUGUCCAUUAGACAUCACGAAAUAGAAUUUAGUAAAAGCAUUGAAUCAUAUUUCACUUAGCAUUUCAGGAGCUUGAGUAAUAGGUGUUGAAUGGUGGCAUUGCUUAGAGAAAAUUAUGAGUGCCAGAAGAUUGACAUACUUUUUUAAGUCGAAUUGAAUGUGACAUUGCCUAGACCCCUAAGUACACAUGUAAACAAAUUUUUUUAAUUAGAGUUUUGUCAACAGUAAAAAAGGCCCUUACAUCUCUAAGCUCCCCUCCCCCUCCCUUAAGAGGAAUAUAUUGUGUCCUCAUUUUUCGAAGCUGCACAAGGUCAAAGGUGAAAGUAUCAUGAUAACCAAGCAUUAAUGGUGUAGCUUUUCUUUGGUACUGCUGUCUGACUCACAUUUCUCUUUGAAAUCCUUGGGUUGAAUUUUAUCCUGCAGGUUGAUUAUGCAUGCACACUUGAAGAAGUGCAGUAGCAUUAAUUCUCUACAGGAAGAUUCCUAGAUUCAGGCUUAUAUGCAACAUGUGAGUUAUGGAUCUAAAGAAGGGAAUGAUGGACUGCUUAUAUGCAAAAUAUGAGUUAUGGAGUUGGUUUUCCUUUUAAACAUUACUUUGAAUACAUUGCAGGUUGUUCCAACACAAUAUAAAGUAAUGGAAAAAAACAAAGAAAUACCAUGAUGCAUAAGAAAUAUACAAAAUAUAUUAGUGAGGAUUAGGUAGAUAGAAAUGCCAUCAAGAAGUAUGCUGCUUGUGUUGACCAUUUGUGAUUUGAACUUGCCUAAUGUCUUAUAGGCUUAGCAUUCUGUUUCUUCCACUGAAAUUUUAAUAUUUUCUUCAUAUUUCCUUGUUGGUUAAAUUUGUUUAUAAUGUUUUUUAUUUUAUUUUAUGUAUUUACAUUUCUUUUUUGACUUGUUACAGAUAGAUAUGGUUUAUGAAUUGCUGCACAUAUCAACGGAGGUUGAAUGGGGAUCUAAAAAAGGCAAUGAAAGAUGGAAAACCAAUUAUAAUUGAGGUCAAUGAGUUCAAGUCUAUAGAAAAGUUUAAAAUUUUCAAUACAAACAAUUUGUGGGUAAACCUGAAUGCUAUCAAGAGGCUUGUGGAAGCUGAUGCACUCAAGAUGGAGAUCAUUCCAAACCCGAAGGAGGUCAAUGGAAUCAAGGUUCUUCAACUGGAAAUUGCAGCUGGUGCAUCAAUUAGGGUAUAAAAUUGUAACAAUUAUGGUUAUAAUGUAUUAAAAUGUAAAAAGAUCAGUCUAACCAUGUGUUUUCCUUACGUGAUUAAGUUCUUUGAUCAUGCUAUUGGUAUCAACGUACCUCGAUCGCGAUUCUUUAUAUGCCUUGUUCAUGAAUUUUCA